AUGACACAGUUAUAUCUUAUAUUCUUGCUUAUCAUCCCAAUAGUAACUAUUGCACAUCAAGAUGUAUUGUUUAUACACGAAGAUGUGGUAGAUCAUAAUCAUGUGGAUAAUUUACUCGGAAAUAUUCAAAACUAUUACCAAGAUACCCAAUAUGAACAUCAACAUGAUCAUAAUAUAUAUGAUCAUCUAAAUACCCAUACACAAAUGGGGUCAAAUGCAUUGCAGGUAGUAAAGUUGCAUAAUCAGCUCGAGAAUAUCAAUAAUAAUCAUGAUAAUAAGCAUGGAACUGGAGAACAUUACUCUACAAAUCCAGAUAUAAAUACGAUCCAAAAUAAAAAGUGGCAGACAGAAAAAGUCAACUUUAUUUUUGGACCUAAUUUACCACAACCACCUCCUUUAACUACUCAUGAACCAAUGAUUACUACUGGUGCAACAAGUUCUGAACAUCAUGAUACAACUAUACCUUCUCACUCACUUGAGACAACAAUACAUACAGAUCUCCAUACAACAGACAAAACAAAUCAUCAAGAAGAGACAACUAGUCCGAGAGGAAAUAAAUAUAGUACAAAUAAGUCAGAAAAUAAACCAGAUAGUGAACAUACAUUUACUACUGAAACAGUAACAAGACCCACUACUCAUCAUACAGAAGCACCAACUACCCCAAAAACUCAUAAUACUGAAGUAACCACAAGACCUACAACACAUGGUGUUGAGACUACAACAAAACCAACUACUCAUAGUAGUGAAACAACAAAACCAACUACCCAUAUUACUGAAACAACAACAAAUCCAACAACCCAUACUACUGAAACUACAACAAAACCAACAACUCAUACUACCCAAACUACAACUAAACCAACAACCCAUACUACUGAAACAACAACAAAACCAACAACACAUACUACUGAAACAACAACAAAACCAACAA